AUGUUUGAAGUUAAUUGUAAUAAUAAUUUUGUGACUUGUCAUGUAUUAUUGGAUUCGAGAAUGGAAAAUGUUGAAAUAAAUGAAAAAAUUCUCAGGUAUGAAUCGUUCAUCAAUGAUGUUCUUAAAGAAGAUUUGAAAUUAAUUCACGGUCAAUUGGAAAAGAAAAAUACUGACAUUGCAGAAUGGGUUCAGCUAAAAACCGUAUUAAUAACCCUUAAUGAAAAUGACAUGAUGGAUGGCUUCAAAACGAAAAUGGACAUUGGUACAAACGUGUUUGCUCAAGUAAAUGUUGCAGAUGCUUCUAAAAUUUUAGUAAACGUAGGAUGUAAUCUAUACGUCGAGUUUACCAUAAAAGAAGCAUUAAAAUUUACUGAGCAAACAAUAGAAUAUUUAAAUAAGCAAAUUAAGAUAUUAAGAACGACCAGUGCUGAAAUCAAAGCGAGAAUUAAAUUGGUUCUUCAUGGAAUUCAAGAGCUUUCUAACAUUAAGUAA